AUGUCGACGUCAUCCAAUCGUUUAGAAAUACGUUUAAAAGAACGUGAAGAUGAAUAUAUUCGUUAUGAACGAUUUCAUGUUCUCGUUGGAACAUUUAAUGUUAAUAAUAAACAAACACCACCGAAUAUUUUACUCGAACAAUGGCUUAGUCAAGUAACGGAAAAUCAAGAAAUUGAAAAAAGCACGAUUCCAGAUAUAAUUGCAGUGGGUUUUCAAGAAAUCGAUACAAGUGGUGGUGCAUACAUUUAUGAUGAUAAGAAAAAAGAAGAUGACUGGGAGCAUAUUGUAAGAAAAACAAUUGCAGCUUGCUAUGAAGAAAAUAAUAAAAAAGAUAUUCAAUUUACAUUACUUAAUCGAAUUAAACUAGUCGGUAUAUUAUUAUUUGUCUAUGUACGUUCAACUCAUCUAGCUAAAUGUACGCUAGUAUCGAAUUCAACAGUUCCGACUGGUUUUAUGGGUAUUGCUGGUAAUAAGGGUGGAGUCGGUGUUCGAUUUCGUUUCUAUGAAACUGAUAUAUGUUUUGUGAAUUCACAUUUUGCAUCGGGUGACGGACAAAAAGAACGCCGUAAUGAAGAUUAUCUAACCAUCGAAACCCGUAUGGCAUUUACUGAUGGACCUAUUUAUUCAUUGAAAGAUUACAUUUGGUAUACACCGGCAAUAGUUGGUGGCAGUGCUCCUGCUAAUCCGCAGAAUUCAUCGAAUUAUAGUCAGUGGUGGAAAAUCAGUGAUCAUGAUAUAAUAUUUUGGUUGGGUGAUAUGAACUAUCGAAUCUCACAACCGAACGAUCAAGUUCGUAAAGCAAUAAAUGAAGUGUCAAUUGCUGCAUUGCAGAAAAAAGAUCAGUUACGUUGCGAAAUGGAAUUAGAUCGUGUUUUUUCCGGUUAUUUUGAACCACCUAUUGAUUUUCUCCCAACAUAUAAAUUCGACAUAAAUACAGAUAAUUAUGAUACAAGCGAGAAAUUACGUACACCAUCAUGGACGGAUCGUAUUUUAUAUCGAUCAAAACGUCCCACAGUUCUUAUUAAUAAUCAAACCGAAUUAGACACUAUUCAAACAAUAAAAUAUUCUUCUAUCAACAAUAUCAAAUUUAGUGAUCAUCGACCUGUCAGUGGUUUAUAUUUAGUCGCCAUAAAAUAUCAAUGCGAUGAACAACGUUCAAAUCGCAUUCGUGAAGAAUUAAUCCGUGAAUUCGAUCGUGCGGAAAAUGAAUCUAUACCAACCAUUGAAGUUCAUCCUCGCCCCCCGCAAAUCAUCUUCAAUCAUGUUCGCUAUUUAGACAAGCCAACAUAUCCGUUAACAAUAAAAAACAUCGGCGAAUGUUCCUGCAUAUGCACCAUUGUACCAUCAGCAAUAUCAUCCUCAUUUCAAUGUUUAACAUUUACACCAAAUACACCCUACACAAUAAAUAUUAAACAACAGCAACAUGUUAACAUUGGUUUUAACGCAAAAACAAACCUACGACAAAUAAGUGAUAUUAUUAUUUUACACGUUGAAAAAGGUGCCGAUACGUUCAUAACAUUAGAUGUAACAUUAGAUAAAGGUCCGUUUUGUUUAUCACUCGACGAUCAUCCAAUUACACUUUAUAAUAAUGAAACGCAAAAAUAUAUUUAUUCGAAUGAUCGAAAAUCUGACUCCGAGCAUAUUGUUGAAAUGAUAAAUGAUCCACCGAUUGUUUAUAUUGCAUUAAUCGACUGUUUAAGAGAACGUAAUAAUGUUGAUUUGUUAAAUAUAUUCAAUAGUGAUACUCAAGAUUCACUUGAUCUUAUCCCAAUACGUGAUAAGCUCUAUGAAAAUAAUUAUGAUUUUACGAAUAAUUCUACCGGAGAAAUUUUAAUGAUAUUUUUAUAUCUUUUACAGUCAUUACCUCAACCGUUAAUAUCAUACGAAAUUCAAGAUAAAAUAUUUCCCAAUACAAAAGAAACGUUAUCCAGACCGGAGGAUAUGGCAAAGGCCGUUAGCAUCAUAAUUGAACGAUUGAAAGCAAAAGAACGAAAUUUAUUUUUUCGCUUUCUUUUACUUGUACAAAAAUCUUGGCCAACAAAAGAACAAAUUGAAAAAGCAAAUCAAGAGUCGGGUGAUACAUUUAAUAUUUGUAUUGAUAUUUUAGCGCUUUCAAUUUUACACGAACAUCUUGAUAGAAAUCAACGGCAUGCGUUUAUUUUAGCUUGUCUUAAUGAAGAAAAGAAAAAUUAG